UUGCCGUAUUGUGUUGAUGUCAAUGUCAAAUACUUAACCUAACCUUAGACGUGAAAUACUUUACUUGCUUAAUUAAAAAUAAAUCAUAGUCGAAAUGCUACCGCGUAUUUCAACCGUAGUCAAUAUCCUGAGAAAUAUAGAAAAAUGUAUUAUUUCCUCACUCGGUCACCCACCAAAUGAGCUUGCUUUGGCUUACGUUCAUGAGCCUAGAGCUUCUACUCCGAAAAAGUUUUCAAUCAAAGACAUUGUCGGAGACGGCUUUCUACUGGCUGUUCCGAAAUUUCGAAGAACCGUGGAGAAGAGACUUAAGAGGAAGUUCGGCAACCCAGACUACGUGUGGAAGCCGCUGGUGCCGCAAACUAACAUCAAAGUGUGCCGGGAUUGUGGUCACCACCAUGAGAUUGGCAGACUUUGUGAGCACUGCUACAAAAAAAUUCAAGAGGAAACAAAACUCAUCCAGGACCAGAUUAAACAGAAGCUUGGUGUUGGACCAAUCACAGAAGACGUUGUUGUGUUGUAUGAAGGAGAGAAUCUACCAGAAAAGGCUAAGGAGUUUUGGAAUGGCAAAAGAGUGAUAGAAAUGAAGAAGGAAAGACCUCAAUGGUUUAGCAAGAAUCUACUGCAAAAAUCAACACAACAGCCCUCAAACUCAACUGAUGUUAAGCCUACAGAUUUAGCUUAAAAAAUACAUAAAUAUAGUUUGUAGAAUUUUAUUAAAUAAAUAAUUAUACUAAAA